CCCGCCUUUAUCUCUGCCUGUAACUACCAUCACCACUGUUCUCUUUUCCCUUCCUGUUCAUAGUUCUCCCUUAUCUAUAAACUUUUAUUGCAAUGGCACCCAAACCCUCUUCGACUGGUGGAAAAGCACCUGCUUCCACGGCCACCGCAUCCAAGGCGCCCGCUAAGACUACGGAGGGAUCUAAGGCUGCGAAGAAGACUUCAAAGACUGCAGCCACUGCAGCUGGUGGUGAAGAGAAGAAAAAGAGGAGAAAAGUUCGCAAGGAAACCUAUUCAUCUUACAUUUACAAGGUUCUUAAGCAAGUGCACCCCGAUACUGGUAUCUCCAACAAGGCUAUGGCCAUCCUUAACUCUUUUGUAAACGAUAUUUUUGAACGUAUCGCUACCGAAGCCUCAAAACUUGCUGCCUACUCGAAGAAGUCAACUAUCUCAUCACGCGAAAUCCAAACAUCUGUCCGUCUCAUCUUGCCUGGAGAGCUUGCUAAGCAUGCUAUCUCAGAAGGUACUAAAUCAGUGACCAAGUUUUCGAGCGCUGGGGCGAAGUAAACUGUUGUUUUGUCUUACAUUGUAUCCUUACUUGUUGUAUCUUGGUAUUCGUAUAUUUUUGAGAUGUACUUUCUCUCUUAUUUUAGCAAAUCGAUGAUUGUCACCAUUAUAUCAUGACGUUCCAGA